AUUGGAAUGAAGCAGCACAUGAAGCUGGGUGAAUUUCUUCGAAAAACGUACGUUGACGACUUGAAAUUCCUCGACAGCAGGUAUUCUUCGAAAGAGAUCUACGUUCGGUCAACAGACAAAAAUCGAACUAUAAUUUCUGCCAUGUCAAAUAUGCUCGGUAUGUAUGGUCAGCAAAACAACGGUGCAGUCGUUGGUGUGGACUAUCCGGACGAUGCAGGGUGGCCAACAGGAUUUGUUCCCAUAGCCAUUCAUACUGUUGAUGACGACACUGAUUAUAUCGGAAAUCCUGAGGCUGUCUGUGAUCGUCAGGAUUGGUUAUGGGACAUGGCCAAGACAUCUCCAGAACUACAAGCUUUCCAAAAGCGACCCGAUGUUGCUGGACUGCUUGCGAAUUUGACGAAAUUUUGUGGUGAAUCCAUCGAUAUCGAUAAUCUAUGGGUAGUACGGGACGCCCUUUUUAUUGAACAAGUACAUGCCAACGAUACUUUGAGGAAGGUUAACUCAUGGUUUAGCGAUGACCUUUUCAACAAAAUCACUGCUGUUAAUGAUCAAGUGGAACUGUAUCAAAGCGGCAACUUCAAAGUCAUUUCAGAUGGAACUCUGAUGAUGAACAACCUUGACAUCGGCACCGAAAUACAAAAAAUACGAGGUGGAUCGAUGAUAAACGACAUUAACAUGCACAUGAAUAUCAAACUGCAAUGUUUGGGUAAAUCUAGCCCAAACUGCUCGUGGAUCAACGGCCUGAAGUACUAUGCUUACUCGGCGCAUGACGACACGAUUUACGCGUUUUUCUCCAUACUGGGCAUAGAGACCAAAGUUAUUUCAACGCUCGGAUAUCCGGAUUACUCAGCGGCGACAUUUGUUGAGCUUUGGAAGAAUCAUACAAGUAAUCAGUCGUUCUUCAAGGUUUGUUUGCUUCGAGUAACACGAAAUUCUUCAUGUUCCAUCUUCCGACUACAGCACAUCGAUUGUCUACUCAUUUACUAA